AUGGCGCGAGGAGGACCACCGCGAGGAGAAAACGCAGAUGUGUCGAUGCGUAAAAACAAAGCAGAAACCAACGCGUGGUUUAUGAAAGACGACGACGGAUUCGAGGAAACGACUUUGACGACCUUUUUUAUUCCCGAGAAGAAGUUAAAGAAGAAGAAGACGAAGAAGACGAAGAACGAGGACGAGGACAUCCAAGAAGAAGAAGAGACAGAAGCGACGAGGACGACGACGAAAACGAGGUCUUUGGCUCGACGCGCGGCGGAGAAGCAGCGAAAAGCUUUGCUUUUACACAACACGAGGGAGAAAAAGAAAGAGGAGGAAGAGGAGGAAGAGAAGACGAAGACAAAGAAUACGUAUUCGUCUACGUCGUCAACGUCGGAAAAGAAACAGUUGUUAUUGCGAGCGUACGCGUUGGAAAACGCGCAGUUGCGAGAGUCUUUGCGUAAAUCUUUAGCCCGCGCGAAUUCGUUGGAAACUGAAUUGGAAGAGACGACGGAAACUUUAUCGCGGAGCGAACGCGCUUUGAAAGACGCUUUGAUAUCGCAUCGAGCGUUACAAAACGAGAGCAAAGAGAGUCGAAAAAGAGAUCGGGACGCGUUGAAUAGUUUGAGGAAAACGUUGGAGGAAAGGGAAAGGAUUUCGAGAGGAGAGCGAGCGAGGUGUGGGAGAGCGUUGCGGUACGCGAUGGAUUGUUUGAGAGCGCACGCGCCGCUGGCGAAGGACGAGAGGAACCAGGGCGGUUCCGUUCUCGGGAGCGUGGUGGCGGAGCUGGCGAGAUUGACGGAGAUUGCGGUGAGUGCUGGUGAUGCUGGAUUCAAAGAGUACGUGGAAGGAAGCGGCGUGGAAGACACGCAUCAUCACGCGCGAAGAAAGGACGACGAUUCAGACGACGACGACGAGCGCGCUCUUUUUCAGCGACAAGCAGACGCCGCGAGAGAAGCGAAAACGAAAAUCACGCAACUCGAAGACGAACGAAAACGUCUUUUGCGCGCGUUAGAAGCCGCGACAAACCCGAGCAAAGAGUACAUCACCAGAGAAGAAAACCUCUCCUUUUUCUCCGCAAAACCAACCACUCGUGACGAGUUUCUCUUCGAGAACGACUUCGUCGCGCCGAGCCGAGCCGGCGCCGCGACCGCCUUUGCGUCCUCGUCCUCUGAAUCCUUUGCGCUCCCGGGCGCCGACGCGCUCGCUCGCGACAUAGACGCCUUAGAUUCUGAGUUGAAAAAGUUAGCCACCGCCUUCGAAGGUGGUCGUAUGUAG